CUUUCUGUUUCCUGCCUGGUGUUUCUACUCAGGAAGAUGAUGGCCAAAGAGAGCCUUACUUUGUGUUGUGCAGCGUGUCUCUUCAGUGCAGCGGUCCUUGGCUUCGUCGAAAACCUCGAUGACACGUUCAAGGAGACAAGAAAGGAUGACGUUUGGCUGGUGGAUUUCUAUGCACCUUGGUGUGGAUACUGCAAGAAACUGGAGCCAGUCUGGCGUGAAGUUGGGGCAGAGCUAAGGAGCUCUGGGUCGCCGGUUCGAGUGGGAAUGAUAGAUGCCACUGCACAUACUGGUGUUGCUGCCGAGUUUGCUGUGCGAGGCUACCCGACGAUAAAACUGUUCAAGGGGGAUUUAUCCUACAACUAUAAAGGACCUCGAACCAAGGAUGCCAUCAUUGAGUUCGCCAACAGAGUAGCAGGCCCAGUGGUCCGGCCUCUUCCCAGCAAGCAGAUGUUUGAACACAUCAUGAAGAGGCACGACGUGCUCUUCGUCUAUGUCGGCGGGGAUUCGACGCUCAAGGACAAGUACAUCGAGGUGGCCUCCGAGCAGAUCAUAAACACCUACUUCUUCUCAGCCUCCGAGGAGGUGCUGCCCGAGGCAGUGACUUUAAAUGAGGUCCCUGCAGUCGUGGUCUUCAAGGAUGGGGCUUAUUUUGUGUAUGAUGAAUAUGCUGAUGGCAGUCUGUCCUCCUGGGUGACUAAGGAGCGCUUCCAGAGUUACCUUCUCAUCGAUGGAUUCACACUGUAUGACUUGGCAGAGUCAGGCAAAUUUGUGGCAAUAGCAGUUGUUGAUGAGAAGAACCCAACCAAAGAGAGUAUCAGGUUGAAGAACUUGAUUCAAAGGGUAACCACUGAAUACAGAGAUCAUUACAACAGAGAUUUCCAGUUUGGCUACAUGGACGGCAACGAUUACAUCAACAGCCUCAUUAUGGGUGAGGUGACAGUACCCUCCAUCAUCAUUCUGAAUGCCUCCAACGAGCAGUACUUUCUACCCAGUGAACCGGUGGAGACGAUGGAGCAGCUGAUCCACUUCAUGAACAGUGUACUAGAUGGGACGUCUCAGGCGCAGGGGGGCGAUAACUUCUUUCAGCGCCUGAAGAGGUUGGCAUAUGACGGCAAGUCAACUGUAAUGUCGGUGUUUCGCAGCUCCCCCAUCUUGGGCUGUUUUCUGUUUGGCCUUCCCAUCGCCGUCAUCAGCCUCAUGUGCUACGGCAUCUGCACGGCCUCGGUGUCGGACGACGCGAGCGAAGAUCUGGAGCCGCUCCAGCGGGAGGGGCUCACCGAGGAUGAGGAGGAGGAGGAGGAGGAGGAGGAGGACGUGGGACAGGGCCAGAAGGCCCCGAUGGAGUUGAAAGGACCCAAUGAACCAGGGAAGGAGGAGCUGGGGAAGAAGAAUAUGAAGAGUAAGAAAGUGGACUAACACAGGGAUGCACUUUUCAAAUAUGAAUAUACUUUUCAUACUAUGUUUUAUUUCAGAAACUUAAGACCAUGAUACUUGAAGAUAGAAUAUGUGUAUUUAUACGUACAGUAUACAUACACACAGGCGCACAUGCUUGUAGAGUCGGCCCUCGUUUUGCGGGGCCCCGUUCAACGACAAACGGCUAAAUCAGCUUAUAGACGUGGGGACCCUUUUGGUAUAACAGGCUUGAUCGGCGCAGCACCUUUUCUGCCCUUUAUGCAGUCAUUUUACUUCCACGUGUUUCUAUUUUAUUCUGUUCGUCAGCUUGCAUCAGGUUUUUUGGAACAGCGAGGAAAUUGUCCCUCAGUGCCCCUCCCCCCGAGAGUAUGACCGUUCUUUGCUGGUGCUUAGAGGAUUUGUUGUAUUUCAACAGAAGUAGAGGACAUAAGAAGCAGUGCUCAUCCAGAAAGAGAAUUAUGAUCAGUUGUAUAAAUGGAUUAAUAUGCAUUAAGUUACUUGAGGUUGUCAUCAGGCCCUCUGUGAUUUAAAAGAGCACUUGGGUGUUAUUGGGGGUAUUGAUCAAUAAAAAAAAACGGUUUUUCUCUUGUUGUUUUGACCACUUCUAGGGUAUGAGUGCUCGGCAUAGUUUU